AUGCAGAGGUCGACACUAAGUACUUACGGGCGUCAACCAAGACUUGUCGCUUUCGACACCAGAAUACCUCUAUCAAAGGAACACUUGAAAGAGCAUAUCUCCCAAGAACAAAAUAUUCUGAAACCUUCAAUCGGUCAAUAUGGAUUUAUCGCUUCAAUCGACCAUGAAGCAAACCGAAAACAUCUACAAAUGUCUACUCGUUCCACGUAUAUUGACUAUGAUAUCGUUCCAAACCCCAUAGAAUCAAAUCCAUAUGGAGUCAACGGGGUGGCCGGUGCUCCGGCUCCUUACGCAGUCGACAUGGCAGCACGGCCUGUUCACCUAUCUCUGUGGACCCGCCCAUAUCCCCAGGUAUCAGCAAUGCCGUCUUUUCUGGCGCGCCUCUUGCAUUCCUUUCUUGGAGACUGGGCGACGAAAGAUAGAAAGGCAUCUAAUGCGACAGCUUAUCCAGGGAACUCUACCUCGAGGCUCGAGGCAGCCCCUUUAUUGGCAUUGCUUGUUGGGACAAGGGCCAAUCCUAGACCUAUGGAUCAAUGUGAUGAUCCAGGGCUAUUUCAAACCAUGAGCACCCAAACCAGAACCUAUACAAGUAAAGAGAGCACUGUUACCUCUGUGAAUACUGUCAUCUUUACCGAGACGAAUCAGACUGCACGGCCUAUAGAGUUACCUCCUCCUCCCUUUACCUCCCUACCAGAAGCACCUACACCCACGAUUCGACCCCCUCUUGCCCCAGAUGACUCACCAUACACAAAUCCAACUCGACCGACUGGAACGCAGUCCCUUCAAGCACAACCAACUCCUAAUCCACAGGCCGGGGCUCAAGAAAACUCACCAUCUGGCAUAAAUACGGAAGUUGGAUCUAAUAUGUCGACAUUAUCGACACGUUAUAUCGAUGGCUCUGGAACAAUACAAGGCUCAGGCAGCUCUGAAAGCCCCUCGGUUAACAAUCUCCCUUACGUGUACGUCCUCAGUCAUUCUCUUUAUCCAGUGCCCCUAAUCUCUUUGUCUUAUAGAAACGGGUCGAGAAAAAAUGACAACAAAACCGCCUUUCAAAUAUCCACUCCUGCUGGAGUGAUUAUUGGCAUCACAGCCGGGCUGGUGAUAGCAGGACUUCUCGCUUUUUCUGUGUACCGAUAUCGAAGCUCUAGACGACGGGCAGGUUUUUCAUCUCAAGAAAAACUUAUUUCAAAGAAAGGAAUCGGUAUAGCUGUACUCGCCGCAGGUAUGAUAUUUCUCAUAAGUCUCCUUCGUGGUGAUAUUGACGGUUUUACUAGUCAACCCAAGCCUGAGUUCAAGGCGGUAACUGAUAGCGCUUGCCCUACGGCCUUCAAUGGAGUGCACACCAAAGUCUUGUCGGUAGCCGCUCCGGUCAAGUAUCGACUGGCGUGCGAUGCGAUAGACUGGGUUUUUUAUAGCGAGGAUCCAUACUUUAAAGUUUACAUUUUCGAGGGCGAUGCUUCGACUAAUUUUGCGUAUCUCGACACCUCUUUGGCUCUUUUCGCGACAGCUAAUCGCGUUUACCACUACACUGUCUAUCCCGAACUUG